AUGACAGAAACAAAAAAUAAAACUAUAAUGGAGAAUGUUGAGGAAAUGAUCAAAGUGGAGUACUUUACAGAAGAUAAAAAUUUGUUUGAUAUUUUUAAUCAAAUUACUAAAGGAAAGCAGGCAAUCUCACAAAGUUUUGUUGAUGUUGGAAUUUAUGCAAAUGAGAUUGGGAAGCGUUUUGAAUUUUUGGAGAAAUUAAAGAAAAAUUAUAUUAAAGUUUUUGAUAUUUAUUUUGUGAAUUUUAAAAAGUUUGAAAGAAUGGAAAAUCAUUGGGGAAAAAUUAAAGAAAAAUUAAUUUCAAAAAAUAAAACUGAAUUAAAUUUAAAAAUUGAAAAUGAAUUGCAUUAUUUUUUAAUUGAAAUAUUAAAAGUAAUGGAAGAAAAAUUAAUGAAUAAAAAAAGUUUUGGGAAAAUCAAAGAAAAUUUAUAUUUGGAAAAGAUUUCUAAAUAUUUUGUUGAAUAUAGUGGAAUUAAUUGGAGUGUAUUAAACACCAAUCAGAAACAAUUUGUUCAAAAAAUUCUUAACUUGGAAGAUAAGGAAAUUUUGAAAAAAUGGACAAUAAAAAUAGAAAAGAAGAUUGAAGAGUUGAAGCAAAUAAAAGAACAAGUUGAGAUAGGUAUGUGA